GGACGAAAGAGCGGGACUACCGAAUGGACGGAGGCGAGAGGUGAGGCUGGGAAGUGACAAAGGACUCAUUUUCUUUGGCAUGUAUAGCUGGUUGGAUCACUUGUAGUUGCAUGGUUAUGGGCUUUACACGCAUCCAUAUCGCCGCGAACAGUGUGGCUCACGUCUUGGUCGAGUUUGCUUCCGUUCGAUGGCGGGACACCUAUUUAGGCCUGACGUGAAACAGCACUGUGAACUAAUUCUCCGCACGGACAUUGACUGGAUACAGCACACUGUUUCUUCACAUUCAUUAAUCGCAUAACUAGCUAUCUAACGGAAACAGUCUCACUAUACAUAAUGCACAUGUUCAUCACGCCGAACAUCACGAACGGAACGUGUGAGGCGUACUUCAUGAAUCGGUCGGAGUGCGCCAACCUGUCCAAUAUCACUGGAAACGUGCCCGACACCUCCAAGCAUCCUCUUCAUGAUAUUCAAGAUCCCUAUCCUCCACAGCAUGUCGGAUUUACGCGUCCAAAGCCCAUUCAAACCGCAUUUGGCAUAAUCUUUCUCGUUCUUGUUCUCACCGCUUUCGGUUAUGGCUUCUACGUCUUCUGGAAAAAGAUUCUGACCGUCAACAGGUCUCAAGGAAAGGACAUGGGUGCCUUUUCUGUUAACAGCAAAGUAGCUCCGCUCGUUAGUUCGGAGGAUGUGGAGCUUUCUGCCGCGAAGCCAUCUGCUCGCUCUAAGCAUUAUGUCAGAUUCAACUUGGACGACUCAGAUGCGCACAGUGUUAGUUCUUCGACGACCCAUUCUGGAUAUGGCAAGGUAUCCCCGAAGGUACGCCUGGACAACUUGGUGCACGUUGCUGGCCCCUGAGAUAACCUCCCGGAAUCAGAGCGAGAAUAUCGCGUAAUACUUAUUCGCCCCUCAUGAUGA